GUGUUCAACCACUCGCUGUUGGUUGAAGAAGUGCGCGCGCUCUCUCUCCGUUCAGCUCUCGCCUAAAUAAACGCGAUUCGUCGUCCCACACGCGGAAAAAUCCCGUCUCGAUGACCGCCGGUCGCUGAAUGCUUCUCGCGCUCCCCGCGAUUCGAUUUCGAAUCAACUGACGCUUGAUGGUGGAUUUUCAUUCGGCUCCUCUCUUUUCUCCGUCUUCGUCGUGUCGUGUCGUGUCGCGGACUGGAUACAAGAAGUGGAAUUAAUUGAAUGGGCCGGUCCACCCCUGUUCGGUAAUGUUGUAUUCCCCUGCCGUCGCCUCCCGCCAUCGGAAACCAUCCGUUUCGACGUAGGAGUCUCGAAAGAUUGUAGGUGCUGCAGAGAAAAUCGUGGCACAUCGGUUUUCGCGUAGGGUUGCGUCUGAAGUGUUCGGUCGCGAUUCAAGUUUUUUUUUCGAUUUCGGUGGCGCAGAAAAUUCCUUCGAAUUACAAUCGCCCUCUAAUCCCGUUAGGCGUCCCGUCGGUUCGUGACAUCCGGAAGCGCCGUCGAGAGUUGUGAUUGGUGCGUCGCCAUUUUCCCUUCUUCUUCUUUAUGCUGAUGAUGCUGGUGGUGUCACAUAAGUGCUCUUCGCCAAGGGGUGGAAAAGCGACUAUUGAUUGAUUCGGACCGAGUGACGUACGCAUCGCUGCGGGAAGUGUGAUUUUGCUUAACUUGGUGUGAGUGAUUGUCGUUUCUAAGCACUAUAUUUUGUUGGAAGUGGUUCGUUUUUCCGUUGACGAAGCGGUGAAAUUGCGGAGAAAAGUGUGUUUGACAAAAAUUACCGAUGAGUUGUUAACUGAUUGGGCAAACGGUGAAAAUUUGUUUGUGUUAAAAUAAGUCGUGAAUUGUUUACUGCGGCAGUUGUGGCUAUUUUUGGUCUGUGUCAUUGUUGCAACUGUUUGGAACGUGAGCACUGUUUAGAACUUCAGACGUAAUGUGAAAUGAUGAUGAUGGAGUAAGGGAAUGCAUAAUUGACGGCGAAUUAAUCUAUCAGAGCAAUAAGCUGAUCCUGAUAUUGAAUUCAUCGUUUAAAGAGCAACGUGUACGGAGACGACGAUCAGCGUCAGGAUCGUCUCCAUCAAAGUUCUCCUCUCUUCGUCUGGGAACCUCGACAAGGUGAAUCAAAAGACAUUAAUGUGAGUCGGAUCGUGGACGGAGAAGAAUCCUACGAAAACGAAAGAGAGACCCGCCAGAGGAGGAUGACAUCCGGGAUGGAGUUUGGCCGCAGUCCAGAUCAUCACUCAGACUUGAGCAGCACCCACUCGUCCCAGUUUGGCGCGAACCACCCGCUCGGAGUGCUUGGGAACCUUUCGGCGCUCAACAUGAACGUUCAGAAUCUGUCCGGGCUGACGGCGGCCGCAGCUGCUGCAGCAGGACUGGGAGUUGGCCACGGGGACGUAUUGGAAAAGCUAAAGAUGCAAGUGCGCGACUUGAAGGUGGGACUUGGGAUGGGCGAUCAGAGUGAUUUCGCCGCGCUGCAUGCCAGUUUUGGGGCUAGUGCGAUGCAACAGUCGCCGCAUCCCGCCGGAAACGGAAAUGUGUUCGGGAGUGGGCCGGGUGGUAGUGGAAGUGGUGGUGGUGGUGGGGUUAGUGGCAUUGGUGAUCAGAGGGGUGCGGGACAAAACAGUGCCGGAGGGGGUGCGAGUGGGGGUGGUGCGAACAAUAGUGGGGGCGGGUACACGUUUACACUGCCCAAUGCUCCGGUGGUCAACAAGGACGGAACUCCCGGUUCGAAUUCGUCUACGUCCAGCGAGACGUCAAAUUCCUCGCAACAGAACAACGGUUGGAGCUUUGAAGAGCAAUUCAAACAAGUCCGACAGCUGUACGAAAUCAACGAUGAUCCCAAGCGGAAAGAGUUCCUCGAUGAUCUCUUCUUGUUCAUGCAAAAGCGAGGAACGCCAAUCAACCGGCUCCCAAUUAUGGCCAAAUCGGUGCUGGACCUGUACGAGCUGUACAACCUGGUGAUCGCACGUGGCGGCCUGGUGGACGUCAUCAACAAGAAACUCUGGCAGGAGAUCAUCAAGGGACUUCAUCUACCGUCGAGCAUCACCAGUGCGGCCUUCACGCUGAGGACACAGUACAUGAAAUAUCUCUAUCCCUACGAGUGCGAGAAGAAGAACCUGAGCACUCCGGCCGAACUGCAGGCCGCCAUCGAUGGGAAUCGACGCGAGGGACGACGCUCCAGCUAUGGACAGUUUGAUUCGCAGCCAUCGGUUCAACGGUCGCCCAUUCCACAGGGCAUCCAGCAGAUGUCGCCCCUGUCGCUGGUUACCCACGUCAAUCAGCAGCAGCACCACCGUCUCCUGGGGGCACCGAACGUGGGCCAGAUCCCCAACAUUCUGCCGGCCGAGUUCGAGCAGCGAAUGCUCGACUACAUCAAACUGUUCCAGCCCAAGGAGAUGAAACGCGAACAGAGUCCGGAACAGCAAAUGACCCCGCGGGAUGCCCUGAAUGCGCUGGAAAUGUCUCGCGUCGCGCUCUGGAACAUGUACAACAACAACACCAGCCCACCGAACUCGUUGAACACCAGUCCGCCGGAGAUGCAGAGUCUCUUCCAUUACAAUAGGGAAGCGCUGAAUCUGGCCGAGUCCCCACCGCACCACAUGUCGAUCAAGCGCGAGCGCGAUCACCCGAUGGACUUCACUUCGGAUCGUCCCUCGGCCCGGGACUACCACAGCGGAAUUCCACCGGCCAAACGCAGCAACAACAACACAAUCGCAGCCGUGGCCGCCGCUGCCCAACUCCAACAACAGCAACAGCACCCACAACUCCACGGUCGCUCCCUCAGUCCCCAGAAGCUGAACCUAUCCUCGCACGAUGAAGACGAUGCUCGCUCCGACGGAACCCCAAUCAAUCUACGCGGAGAAAACGGACUUCGCCACCACGAGGACGACAUCCACGACGAGGAGGAAGAAGAGGAAGACGAGGACAUGUCCAUGACCGAGGAAGCCCACCACCCGUUGGCUUUGAACAGAAUCACCGAACACGCUGCAGCCCUGGCCGCGGCCCAAAGAGAACGCGAACAGGCCCAGGUAAACCACUUAGCCAGUCUGAACCUCAGCCUCCUGGAGCGGGAACGGUGCGACAGUGCGGACAAACUAAAACGCCAACAGCAACUACAGCUGGAGCAACUCCAGAGGGAACAGCUGCUUCACCACCAGCAGCAACAGCAAGCGCAACAGUUGCAACGCGAAAGAGAGCGCGAACAGCUGCAGCGGGAACGGGAACUCCAGAAACAGCAGCAGGAACAGCGACAACAGGAACAGGAACAGAGCCGUCAGAACGGAGACAGACUGAGCGGUGCCGGGUUGGACAAUGGGUUCAGUAACAACACAAGCAGCGGCAGCAGCAAUGAACAUCCGAUUCGAGCGGGGUCGGCGCAACAGGAAGCUUGCACCGCGAGCGCGGUGACCAACGGAAUCAUGGGCAUGCAGUUCAAGCUGAUCAGUCGAGGUGACGCCUCCAAGGGCGACCAACAGCUGGUGGUAUCGAUGGAGUUCAACGGCGUCCAGUACGAGGGCGUCCUUUUCGCCAAUCCGGCUUCGUCAUCUUCGCCCAACUCCUCCUCGUCAGCGCAGAAACUACCAUCAUCCGUAUCGGCCCUCAAUUCCGGAUCCCGCGGUAACAGCAGCUCUAUGAAUGGUUCCAGCGUAGGUCACCACCUGCUCCAUCAACAGCUGCAAUCUUCUCUGUCGUCACCCUCGUCGGGUGGUGGCCUCUUGGUGACGGCCCCCAGCUCCGGUGUCCCAAUGUCGGCGUCCUCUUCACCCGUCGGAAGCACCAGCAGCCACACAUCCCACACCUCGGUAGCUUCUCCCAUUGUGUCGCCCGCCAAAACGGCCAGUUCUUCGAUAGGUGGCGACGAACCGGUAGGACCCGGAUCUUCUGCGGCAUUGGGCCUUCCCCCACUAGUGACUCCAAGGCCACUAGUUUCCUAAUUCGAUUAGUCUGUAUUACGACUCUCUGUUUUAUUUUUAGUAAUUUAGUGGAACGGUUCUCCCUUGGUGGGAGAAUGCUUUUAUAGUUAAAAGAAUGCGCUUUCUUCCCUCCAGUUUGGGGAAGAAAGUCGCCCCAAUCUCGCAAUCCUUAUCCUUAUAUUUUGGGCUCUCGAAUGUUGCAUUUUUCGUUCUUAUCGUUAGGCAAUUGAUAAACCUUUUUUAUUAUUUUAAUCGUAGUUUAAACGCAUAACUAAAUAGAAUCCUGAGUUAAUUUUAGCACGGUAGUAACGUGAAAUGAGCAGCAAAAUUUUUGUCAGUGUGGAAAGCUUUCGGGCGAAUCGAUGCAAGCUCUGUCGGUUUGAUAUAUAGUUGAGACUGAAGGUGGCAGCACGGUACCUUCGGCAGAAUAGCUAGGGCGCAUGCGGCAAAAAGCUUUGCCAGCGUCAACCGGUUCUUUCAUAUAGCUUCAUAUCGGACGAAUCGGUACAGGCAUCGUAAGACACUAAACACUGAACGAAAGCAACACUUUUGAACCAAAAAUUAUUUUUAAUUUUUUAAUAUAUACUUCUUUUAAUGAAAAUUGAUCAAAAUGAUACAACCGGAAUCGUAAUGCCAGGAAAGUAAGCAGCAAUCUAUCAUUAACACAGCAGCAGGAAAGUGCAGCAAGUUGUAAAUGUGAGAAGCUUGUAGAUGGUAGAUGGCUCUGUUAGUUGAUAAAACCUAUCAGUUUAAAGUAGAUUUUAAAGCUUGCUUAAAACGAUAUGAUGUGAUUAUUUUUCUACACCUGAAACUGUAAUAAAGUAGACGUGUCUCAUCACGUUCAAAAAGUUCAUUUCUCUUAACAGGCGUGUUUGGCAGAAAGUAGACUUGUACAUAGGUUCUUGCGUAAGUUUAAAGUUUUUUAAAUCUACUUAAAACGAAUUCAUAAUCUCUCUAAAAAAUCUUACGGUUUAAACUCAUGUAUAACGCAUAGCAACGAGCAGAAGAUCUGUAAAACAUUACGCAUUAUAUGAAUGACAUGUCUCAAUCCCACAAAUUGCAGAAUGGUGGGAUUGACGGGAAAGUGAACAAAACUCGCUAAUAUCUGCUGCUAUUUUACAAGUAUAAAUGUGAACAAUCGUUAGAUUUAGGCAUAGCACCCCCUUUCGGAUCGAUCAAAGUGCAAAAUUAAUUAUCUCACAGUUUUUUUGUUGUAACAAAACAAGUUUCCUAUGUUUUCCCUAAUGGGUAGAGAAAAGAAAAAACGUUAUGCUAGAAACACUCGAAAAAUCUCUUGCAAUAUAAGUUAAGGUAAAUUACCCCACAGAAAAAGAUAAACGCUAAUUACACAAAAAAAUGUUUAAAAAACAAGAACAAACGAGUAGUUUCAUCUCUAUUGAUUGUAGAUUGUAGAUGCUAGGUUUUAGUUGCAAUUAGCUGACUACACAUAUUACCCUUUUUGUUUUGUGACUGUAGGUAUUUCCUUUUUUUUAUUAGAUUCAUACCUUCGUAAGUAAAUUAAUAUAUAUUUUACCUUGGCUAAGCGGAAGAGAGGAAACAAAAAUGAACAAUUAUCUAUUUAAAAUGAACAAACCGCAUGUGGCGUCGCCGUAGAAGUUAGAGCAGAAAAGACAUCAUCAUCAUCAUGACCACGCAGCAUCACAAUUACAUUAAUACACUCCUUAAAAUUGAAGAAGAUUCUACUGUUGUGAAUCUUACAAAAAUUUGACACAUGCGAAUCGAAGAAAAAAAAAAUACUAGAUAUAAAUUAAGUAGGGUGGCCAUUCAAACCUAGCCGUUGGACAUCCUCUUUGGUGCAGCAAUGUUUGUCGAAAUUUGCGCACGAAAAUCUUAGAUUUGAAUGUCAAAUACAACACAUUGAUGAUCAAUAAUGGAUAAUAGAGCAAUAUGUUUUAAAAUAAA